AUGGAGAUGCCCAUCUGCCCACAGCAUCUUGGAGAGAUCGAUUGCUACCCCUGGUUUGAAGCCAACCCCAAGAUCUCUGCAACUGAUGCCAGAACCCAAGUCACCGGCAGCAGUACCUCCGACGACUGCUCCAGAGCUCCAUGCAUCGGUCGUUCACCAGUGCUAGAUGAACCCCAGGGUGAUGAGAUCCCAAGAUCACAGCCAGGUUGUGCGGAGAGGAAAAGGAAGCCUAGCGCGGCUGGAGCUCGCUUGAUCACCGGCAAGUCUCAGGACGCGAUGGAAAGCAAGAAAAAGCCUAAAGUAGAUGGCAAGAAAGCGUCGGAGCCGCCUGUCGAUGUCAUUCAUGUGCGAGCGAGGAGAGGCGAAGCGACUGAUAGCCACAGCCUCGCAGAAAGGGUCAGAAGGAAGAAGAUUAGUGAGAGGAUGGACGUGUUGCAAGGUCUUGUUCCUGGCUGCCACCAGAUGAAGGGAAAAGCACUCAUCCUGGAUGAGAUCAUCAACUAUGUGCGAUCAUUACAAAACCAAGUUGAGUUUCUCUCGACGAAGCUUGCUUUGCUGAGUCCCAUGUUACAUGACCUUGGUUACUUGAGUGGGCAACCAGAGGAUGAUAGCAGUUUUAGGAGACAAGAUCUGGAACAAGAACAAAGGUGUCUCGAUGAGAUGGAGUUCGACGACAUGUUGCUCUUUUCGGUAGAGAAUAUUGAAGAUCCUCUGUAA